AUGAAGCCCGUCGCCGUCCCCACCGCCUCCCCGGAGGACGGCGGCCUCGCCUCGGUCGACCGCUCCGUCUCCAUGCUGUCCAACACCACCGCCAUCGCCGAGGCCUGGUCGCGCCUCGACCACAAGUUCGACCUCAUGUACAGCAAGCGCGCCUUCGUCCACUGGUACGUCGGCGAGGGCAUGGAGGAGGGCGAGUUCAGCGAGGCCCGCGAGGACCUGGCCGCCCUCGAAAAGGACUACGAGGAGGUUGCUGCCGACUCGACCGAGUUUGAGGAGGAGGAGGCCGAGUACUAA